AUGGACUUUCCGCAAUUUGACACUCUGAUUGGCCCUCGCAAAGCGCCAACCCUCGACCCUGGGCGCCUACUUCCUCUUCGUCUCUCUCGCCCAUUUUCUUCACGACCAACCACUCCUCUACGCGCCGAACAAGUCUCUGCACCCGUUCCUAUCAAACGAUGUCAUGCACAGCCUACCUCAAACCAUCGACUGAGCAGUAUGCUGGUAUCAUGUCUACCAUGGAGAAGCAGUGUCUUCAUUUCUUUGACAGUCUUCCUGGGAUUUGGCCAAAUAGCAUCGUCAACGACAACAGCCACAGCCGCAGAUUGCGCAGCUACCGGUAGCACCAGUGCAUACUUGAGCGAUUCUAUCCCGCCAUGCGCCCUACCAUGCGUCCAAGAGUUUAUCCGUACCCAAUACGCCGCUGGGAUUUGCUGUUCAACUGAUCUCGACUGUCUCUGUCGGACGAAUACCACCAGUGGUCUGACCAUAGGCGAAGUGUCGUUGGCAUGUAUAGUAGGCUCGUGUCCAUCAGAUAUCGUCUCGACUGAGGGGUCGGUUGGGUAUGCGAUUUGCAACGACGUGUCCGGUGCUUUGCCAGAGACGCAUGGAGCUAUUACGGCGACGAGGGUUUCGGUUGUUACGGAGACGACUCAUUUAGUUACUACAACGCCGGCGUCUGUAUCUGCCGAGAGUACCAGCGGGGCGUCGACUGCGCUGACGACUGUGGCUGUGAGCAGCACGCCCAGUGGAAGUACGUUGGUAACUACAGCAAGGAUUACGGCGACGGCGACGGCAGCUACUACUUUGCCUAUCACAGCAUUGACAACAUUUCCCAGCACGGUGACACUGUCAGGAAUUCCGGCAACGAGUGCACCAACCGCAUCAAGCGCAGCAGCCAAAUCUACAUCUCUAAGUUCACCCGCCGUAAUCGGCGUAUCAAUUGCAUCUGGUAUAUCGGUUAUAUUUUUAGUGGCCGUCGCAAUAUUAUUUUGCGGUCGAAAAUUACGACGCAGACGACUGCAAGAAAAAGCUGCUCCACAAAGUUUCGAGAUUGGAGGCGCAAUGAGCGAACCGCCGGACUUUACUGCUGCGACUUUUGUACCGCAGCCAUGGCCGCCGACGCAACCAUCACAAUUCCCAGGGGGGACGAUGGAAAACGAAUACGAUGGUGGUGCUCAUUUUCAACAGUUUCCUUCGCAGCCGCUAUCUCGAGAGCAACAGGGUCCUCUAGUGAUUAUGACGCGACUAGAUGCUGCGAAUGCAAAUAAUGUGUACGCGAAUAAGGCUGCCAUGUCCCCGGAGACAGACUAUAACGGUUCACCGCAAAGCCAAACCUCGCAACGAACGUUAUCUCGUCUUUUACCCGAACGCACGUCACUACAAGGAAUAGGAAUAGGAAUAGUCCCCGAGCCGUUAAGAGUGAUCCGUCAGCCCCCUACAACUAAUACGGUAAGGGUCGUUGGUGGUCCUUCUCCUCGACCAACUAGUGAAGCAACAGUUUUUGAUGAAGAUGAGCAGCAAUUGAAUAGUAACGACAUCUUUGGACCACCCCUCAACAGAACGAGACGUAUGUCGCAGCAGCGCAUUGUGGCAGAGGGCAGAAGUUCCAUGCGGGCCGUGGGACUUCCAGCCGGUCCUCGAGCGAUGCUUCCUCCCUUGCGGACAGGACAGGAACAACAGAACCCGUAUGAUGGUAAUGGCAGUGCAGGAUAUUAUUCGUAUCAAUGGGACAAAGAGGCAGUCCCGAUACCUAAUGCACCUCGCCGGAGGACCGGCAUGUCUCCUGCACAGCAGUACAACAACAGUGGAAAUUGGAACAACACUGCAUCACUACAAAGAAACUUUUCUCGUCUAGGAAACGCACCACGAUCGCUCACAACUCCAACCAAAUCAAACGCAUACAGACGGCCUUAUUCCCGACAUCCGAACGGAUUCGACGUCGCCCCAGCCGAUCCAAGCUACGAGACCCUCACGGCCGAAGAUGACUGGACAACAACAGAACGCAGCAAACUCUCCAUUCCAUAUCAAGUACGACGACAAUCGCAGCAGCAGCAGCAGCAACAGCCACCGAGAUUAUCACCAGUAUCCGAGCGAAUCCCUCUCCCCACAAAAUCGCCUCUACGAUACCCCGCCAUCCCUCGCUCAGCAGCAGCAGCAAUCGUCCCAGCAACAGCACAGGGAAUGCGCAAGUCGCAUGUGGCAGAGGUAUACUAUGAAGGGCGCCACAGCGCCUCAAGCAUGCCACCCCCACCACCUCCCAACAAUAAUAACAACAACAACAACAACUUCCCAAACCCAAUGGAUAUGGUCUACGAACUCGGGCCCGGCCAACGCUCGCGCUCCGCCAGUCCUAGCCCCAGCGUAAAUAGCAGCCUCCUCGCGAAACGGCGCGGUGAGGGUGUAGCGGACAAAAUGGAAGCACAAUUCAGGAGCGGCGUUCAGCCGAAGCCGACCAUCAGCCGGAAGGUAGUCGUUGCCAUGAAUGGCGAGCCUAAUAAUACAGCUGCUAGUGGAGAAGUCCAAUCUCCACCAUCAGCGAAGAAACAUAAUAUCACGCCUACGAGGAGGGGGGAGGAUCUUUAUUUGAGGGUUGACUGA